AUGGGCUGUUUCAACUCUAAGCCGACAACACAGUUUCCUGUGAAGGAGGAUCCUGUGAUUCUUGCAUCACAGACUGCUUUCACUGUCAGCGAGGUUGAAGCAUUAUUCGAGCUUUUUAAGAGCAUCAGCAGUUCUGUUGUUGAUGAUGGACUAAUAAGCAAGGAAGAGUUUCAAUUGGCAAUCUUCAAGAAUAAGAAAAAGGAAAAUAUCUUUGCAAAUCGGAUCUUUGAUCUUUUCGAUGUCAAGAAGAAGGGAGUUAUUGAUUUUGAUGACUUCGUUAGAUCUCUCAACGUCUUCCACCCAAAUGCCGCAAUAGAAGACAAGAUAGAAUUCUCAUUUAGGCUCUAUGAUUUGCACAAUACUGGUUUUAUAGAGCGUCAAGAGGUCAAGCAAAUGUUGAUCGCACUUCUUUUCGAAUCUGAAAUGAAGUUGGCUGAUGACGUGAUAGAAACAAUUCUCGACAAGACUUUCUUGGACGCCGACCUUAACCAAGAUGGCAAAAUAGACAUGGUCGAGUGGCGAAAAUUUGUUUCUGAAAAUCCAUCACUGCUCAAAAUCAUGACUCUACCCUACCUAAGGGACAUAACAACUUCUUUUCCGAGUUUUGUAUUUAAUUCUAACGUGGAUGAAAUUGUUGCUUGA